AAAAACGUAUCCAAAUUACAAAAAAAAAAAUCCAAGAAAAAACCAACUACUCAAUCGAAGCUAGAAAAAAGAGGGCACAAUCGCCUCUCUCUCUCCCUCAUCAGCUCCUCUCUCCCUCUCCCUUUCGCCCUCUGGCCUCUAUCCUAGGCGAUCUGGUCCAUCUGUUCUAGGGGGAGGGGCUUGUUUCAUGCGCAUAUAGAAGCUGAGAGAUCGGUUCGAGGGGAAUCAAAUUAUCGAUCUUCAGCAGAAGUGAAAAUGGACCAUGACGAGACAGGCUGCCAAGCUCCUCCAGAUCAUCCCAUACUGUGUGUCAACAACUGCGGCUUUUUUGGAAGCGCUGCAACAAUGAACAUGUGCUCGAAGUGCCACAAGGAUAUCCUGCUAAAAGAGGAGCAAUCCAAGCUUGCUGCAUCAUCAGCAGCGAGUAUCAUGAACGGAACAUCCAUCACCACCCUUGGAAAGGAACCUGUUGUUGCUCCUGCUCCUGCCCCGAUCAUCAAUGUACAAGUCAGUUUGCAAGAGCCAACGCCCAUCUCGGUGCAGCCAUCUUCUGCUCCAGGUGCGGCAGAGAGCAACGAAGAGAAACCGAAGGAGGUGGGGCCUAACAGGUGCAACACCUGCAACAAACGGGUCGGCUUGACCGGGUUCAAAUGUCGAUGUGGGCACAUGUUCUGCGCGAAUCAUCGCUACUCCGACAAACAUGGUUGUGCCUUUGACUACCGCAUGGCUGCACGUGAAGCUAUUGCGAAGGCUAACCCACUUGUGAAGGCGGAGAAGCUCGAUAAGAUCUAGAGAUGGUGGCCGGGGGAGAUAAUGGAUGUGCUUGUUUUUUCAUCUACUCGGUAUUUCAUCGCCAACUAUCCUACGAAAGGUGUCCGGGUUUAGAGGGAGACGGGAAAGAGGUCGGGAGGGCAUCUAUGGCAGCAAGGAAAAGGGCUCUACUAUGAUGUUGUGAUAUUGGCGAGGAUUUAUAUGUUGGCUCUGAGUGUGUGUUGAGUGUUGAAGUUAGUCACCUUGUGGUGGUUUGGCUGUAGACUUGAUCCAGAUUUGUGAUGUCUCACCGUGUUUCAUAUGGCAUUUUACCGUGGUACUACGUGGCAAAAAAAAAAAAAAAAAAAAUUUCAGAUGUCCAGUCUCUCUAGUAGUUGAUAUGAAAGACUCCUUAAUGGUUUAUGGCCAUUUAUCUUUGCUUAAACUCUGUAAAUUCCAUGGCUCUCUACGACAGACUCCAAAUCCGUCUACCUUUUUCAUUUCUCAUGUAUAAACUCGACCUCGAAUCGUUGUCUGCCCCUAGGUGUUUGGUAUGGAUGACAAUAGUUUUAUUCUAGAUCGUAGUCUGUUUCGAC